AUGCAUCAAUAUGUGUAUGGUCGCGGUGUCGUAGUGGAGACUGAUCACAAACCUCUUGAAACUUUGUUCAAAAAACCUCAUUAUAAGUUUACUUCUUCAAGUCUCCACCCUUUGCUACUGCAAUACAGUUUGUAUUUCCUAAAUGUUACAGGUCCCAUAUCAUCAAUAUUGUCAGUGAAAUGGUCAUACCGUACCGUGACGCUGAUUGGUGGGAGCUUUGCUGCCUUCGGAAUGAUAAUUAGCAGUUGCGCUUUUAAUAUCACAUAUCUAUAUUUUAGUUUCGGCGCAAUGGUGGGCAUGGGCGCUGGUCUCGCCUUCCCGCCCACCGUGUACAUCGUGACGUCAUACUUCGUGCGGCUUCGCGGCUUAGCCAACGGCAUAUGUAUGUCCGGGUCUGCGUUUGGAAGCAUUAUACUGCCGCCUGCGUUGAGAUAUUUGCUGGAAACAUAUGGAUACAAGGGUGCGGUGCUAAUACUAGGCGGCAUUAUGCUGAACGUGUGGGCGGCAGCUCUCCUUUUUCAGCCCGUGGAAGAGCACAUGGUCAAGAAGUACAAGGAGGUGGAGGAGGACGAGGAUGUACCACAGUUGGAGACCUUUUCCGAAGACCCGUGCGAAGAUCCUCUUCAUCCAAAAUUACUACUCCUCACUCCAGAAGAGACUGGAGACGCCCAGAUCAACGGGUCGCCCCCAAUGCUCAAAGACAUGGAAGACGAAAAACUAUUCCCCUCAAAACCUGACGGUUUCGUGAGAUCCGCUAGUGCUGUCCAAGUCCGAAACCAAGAAAGCGAAAGAUUCAGAAAAAUUUCUACACCAGCCACUUCGAGACAUGGUUUGCAACACAUCUCUAGUAGAGCGAGCAAUCAUCUUGAAAGUAACCCUUCGUUCUUAGAGUCAGUGCCCGAAGGUAAGCCUAGCAGGGUUGGCAGUCAAGAGGUGUUCAGCAAGAAAUUGGCUGUGCCGAAAACGCCGAAGCGAAGUCCUUCAACGUCCAGUUUCCAGUAUAUGUCGACACCCUUCCACGGUUCGACGUUGUCGGCAUUCGAGAAACCAAGCGAAUUUGCUUCUCAGUUCAGUCUUAAGUCGGUCACAGACAGCUUAGCCCCUAUAACAUACUGCUGCGGAUGCAAGAAAAAACAUAGGGACGAAUUAGGGAAAAAAGAAAGAUCCAAAUAUUUCGAUAUAGAGUUAUUAAAAGAUCCUAUAUAUCUAGUUAUUUUAAUAUCUAAUUGCACUUGUGCUAUUUCUUACACCAACUUUAUUAUCAUGGUGCCUGCUUACGCCAAUGAAUGUGGCUUUGAUAAAUCAUUAGGCGCAUAUUUACUGUCAAUAAUUUCGGCUUUCGAUUUAGUCGGCCGAAUCGGUGGUUCAGCACUAUCCGACGUGGUAUCAACACCUAAACGUUAUUUCUUUAUAACCGGUCUUCUACUAUCUGGCAUCAGUUUAGCAGUGCUACCGUCAGUAGAAAAUUAUUGGGCUUUAUCGGCUUUUUGUUCCGUAUUCGGUAUUGCGUCUGGUAUUAACGUAGGUGUCACAGCGCUAGUAAUGACGGAAAUGUUAGGUACUGAAAGAUUAAUGUCAUCAUAUGGUAUCAGCUUAUUCGUGAACGGUAUUUUACAGUUAAUUGGGCCACCAGUGUGCGGGAUUUGGCACGAUAAAGAGGAAACACAUAAAUCGUUAUUCGUAACGUUUGGGAUUAUUUUGAUUUUUGGCGCCUCUCUUUGGUGCUUUGUGCCGUUUAUUUACAGCAGAAGAAGAAAGGCGGAGAGAAGAAAAGAAUUAAUUGAGAAUAAGGCGUGAUAUAGUAUAGAAUGCGACAGAUUCUUGUGGAAAACAUUGCAGCGCAACUCCGGUAAAUGUAGUUUUAGAUAGAACGAACUUGUCUUGCGCGUGAUUGUAAGCGACACGCUUAUCUAUGGCAGUUGCCACUCAGAGCUUUUAAUCGCAAAGAUGGAGACGCGUUGCAAGCGCGCGACUUCAGCGAUACAAACACGCGAUUACAUCGAUGCAAUACGCGCAUAAAUCCCAAGUGUAGCGAUCCAAUACGCGCGUUCUUUUGUUGGUGCUGAAAAUCCCAGUGUGUAACCACUCUUAGGGGUACUGCCACUGUGCCCGUCACCCAGGGACAUAAGUUAAGUAAGCGUGCAUACGUUAAACUGUUUUCCAUAAGAUUCUAGUUAAGCAUUAUUUGUAGGUACAGAAGGGUCAUUUUAAUAUAAAGUGUUAUGUAUGAUUACCAGUGAUCGGAAUUUAGGGUGUUAACUUAGCUAAACUAAAGAAUAACGUGGACAUUCCCUUCUACAAAUCCCGGGACUUCUCGAAACUGAUUAUAUAGUGUGUUGAUUUGCAUUCUCGUCAUAUUUAAGAAAUUAAUAGUAGGGAUAAUGCUAAAUCAUCUAAAAAUGUUCUGUUCAAUAUUCUGGCUAAUUGUAUCUAGUAAAGUUUUGUAAAAUUGUUCCCAAGUGUAUUCACCGCGGAGGACAGUGACCCCGCCACCCGCUUCACCGAGCGAUACGUAAUCUUUCUCGAUAGCUUAUUUACCUUUUUUUAAAAAUUACGAUUGUGUACUAGUAUUGUUAUAAUUUACUAAUUAUUUACAUUAGUUAGAAAAAUUGACUAAAAAAAGUUUUUUUGUAACUUAGAUUUGGUACUUAGUACUGGAGUAUUAUUUGUGAUUUUGAUAUAUUCAACACUGACUUUGGGUUAUUCUUAACGGACAUUUUUUCCGAUACAAUAAAAGCUGUCAAAUCACGACAAUAUACGUCUCGUCGAAUGCAGUAUCAUUUAUUCAUACAAUUGUAAAGUUACAUUUUUCAGCAUGUCUAUUAAAAUCAAAAAGAUUUCAGUUAAUAGAUACUUUUUUCCUAUAUAAAUUUAGAAACUUUUUGACAUAAGUUGUAUCUCGAUACAUAAUUGGGCCCAGAAAU